AUGUCGUCGGAAUUUUGGUUAAUUUCUGCCCCUGGAGAUAAGGAGAAUUUGCAGGCUCUGGAACGGAUGAACACUGUAACUUCCAAGUCGAAUCUGUCCCACAACACCAAAUUUGCCAUUCCUGACUUCAAGGUGGGGACCUUGGAUUCUCUUGUUGGUCUCUCAGAUGAGUUGGGGAAACUUGAUAGCUUCACUGAAAGCCUUAUAAAGAAGAUGGCUCAGUGUGUAGUAGAAGUUAUGGAAGACGCUAAGGGCAGAGUUCAUGAGAACCUGUUGGCCAAUGGAGUUGACUUAACUUCUUUUGUGACUCACUUUGAAUGGGACAUGGCCAAGUAUCCUGCCAAGCAGCCGCUUGUGGCUGUAGUGGACACAUUAGCAAAGCAACUGGCACAAAUAGAAACAGACCUGAAAGCUCGAACAGCUGCCUAUAGCACUCUGAAAGGAAACCUGGAGAAUCUGGAAAAGAAAUCCUCGGGAAAUCUCUUCACUCGGACAUUAGCUGAUAUUGUGAACAAAGAAGAUUUUGUGUUGGAUUCAGAAUAUCUGAUCACUCUCCUGGUGAUAGUUCCAAAGCCAAACUAUUCACAGUGGCAAAAAAGAUAUGAAUCUCUCUCAGACAUGGUGGUACCUCGAUCAACCAAACUGAUUGCUGAAGACAACGAGGGAGGCCUCUUUACAGUCACGAUGUUUCGGAAGGUGAUCAAUGAUUUCAAAGCCAAAGCCAAAGAAAACAAGUUCAUUGUCCGUGAAUUUUUCUAUGAUGAAAAAGAAAUUAAAACUGAAAGGGAAGAGAUGACUAAAUUGCUGUCUGAAAAGAAGCAACAGUAUCAAACUUCACGUGUUGCUCUUAAAAAGAGAUCAUCUACCUUCCCGGAUCACAUGGUUAAGGUAACCCCGAUAGGGAACCCUGGUAGGCCCACUCCGGGGCAGACGGAGAAAGAAAAAGAGAGUGAGGGCGAGGGUGAGGGUCCCCUUUUGCGCUGGCUCAAGGUGAACUUCAGUGAAGCGUUCAUUGCCUGGAUUCACCUAAAGGCUUUGAGAGUAUUUGUGGAAUCUGUGCUAAGGUACGGACUACCCGUGAAUUUUCAGGCAGUGCUUUUACAACCCCACAAGAAGGCCACAAAACGUUUAAGAGAGGUUCUAAACUCAGUCUUCAAACACCUGGAUGAAGUAGCCGCAGCAAGUAUAUUAGACGCUUCUGUGGAUAUUCCUGGAAUACAACUAAAUAAUCAAGAUUAUUUUCCUUAUGUCUACUUUCACAUUGACCUUAGUCUUCUUGACUAG